AAGAAUCAGAAGACUAAAGGUGUCGUCUCCUUUCUCUCUCUUUUCUACUUCUGCAUUUUCUUCUAUCUUCAAUCUUUUGCAGAAGAAAUAAAACUCUGAAGACUAAAGACUCUUCUCUGUUUUUUUUCUUCCUACUUCUGCCUCUCUCUGUUUCUGGGGUUGGCUUAAAAACUUGUAAGAAGAAGUUUUAUAGAAUCUAUUCUUCUUGCAUUCUCAUGAAUUUUGUUGUCUCCAUUUUUCAAUGACAAGAUCCUGACAAUGACUAAAGUAUGUCCUAAAACAGAAGAAAAGAGAGUGGUGUCUGAAGCUGUGGUUGAACCAAUUUCAGCAGAUGUGAGCUUUGCUUCUAAUCAUUUUCCAACGUACAAGUUAGGACCUGAUGAUCAGAUUGUUGAUGAACCUGAUGAAGAUGAUAAAGUUCCAUCUGUCAAAGAUGUCGUCGGUAAGGAGACCGGAGAUUUGUCAGAUCAGCACAAGAAGCUUUCUGUUCGUGAUCUCGCUUGCAAAUUUGACAAGAAUUUAGCUGCAGCUUCUAAGUUAGUUGAUGAGGCAAAGUUAAACGAUGUGACUUCUUUGGAAGGACAUGUUAUGCUAAAGAAACUUAGGGAUGCUUUAGAAACCAUGAGAGGUCGUAUGGAUGGAAGAAACAGAGAAGCAGUGGAAAAAGCUAUCUCCAUGGUUGAGGCACUAGCCGUUAAGUUAACUCAAAAUGAAGGUGAACUAAUUCAUGAUAAGUUUGAAGUGAAGAAACUGGCAAGCUUCCUCAAGAAGGCUUCAGACGACGCGAAGAAGUUAGUAAACCAAGAAAAGUCGUUUGCUUGUGCUGAAAUAGAGAGUGCACGGGCUCUUGUGAUGAAACUUGGAGGUGCAUUUGAAGAACAGGAGCUUUGUUCUAAAGCUUCUAGAGAUCAGGGACCGAAUGUGGAGAAAUUGGUUGAGGAGGUUCAGGAGGCUAGACGAAUUAGACGGUUGCAUAAACCAACCAUGGUGAUCGGUAUGCAACAUGAGCUUCGUGAUUUAAAGAGUCAAAUCCAAGAGAAGUCUGCAUAUUCCGUUAAACUUCAAAGAGAGAUAGCAAUAAUUAAGAAAGCUGAGGGGUCCAAGUCAUGUCCGUAUGUUCUGGAUGGUGCACAAAGUCUUGGCUCGUGCCUAAGAAUCCGUGCCUCCUCAGACAGUGGUAUAGAUAUUUCCAAAUGCUCAAUCCAUUGGUACCGUGCAGCAUCUGAGUCUAGUCGAAGAGAAGCUAUAUCUGGUGCCAACCGGUCAGUAUAUGCUCCAGAACCAUUUGAUGUCGGGCGAGUGAUACAAGCAGACAUUGUUUCAAAUGGCCAGAAGUUCACCGUUACAACCGAUGGUCCAAUUAAUACUGCUGCUGGCUUGCAGUCACGCGUUGAAUCACUCCUGCGCAAAUCUAACAGUGAAUUCACCGUGGUUAUAUCACAGAUGAAUGGACAAGACCAUGCAUCACGAUCCCAUGUAUUUACUGUUGGAAAGGCGAGGAUAAAGCUGUCCCGAGGAUGGAUCACAAAGGCUAGAGAAAUAUAUUCAACCUCCAUGCAGCUCUGUGGAGUGAGAGGCAAUGCUAACGUUCCUGCAAAGGCAUUGUUCUGGCAACUUAGAAAGGGUCUAACUUUCUUACUAACUUUCGAGUCAGAGCAAGAACGUAAUGCAGCCAUAGUACUCGCACGAACAUAUGCAUAUGAUUGUAAUGUCACUCUAGUUGGUCCAGAUGAUUGAGGUAGUGAAAGGAGUAGUUUUGUGAUAUCGACUGUUAUGUAUUUCAGUGUUUGUGUGUGGUUGAAAGAAGAAGAAGAAGAAGAAACACAAGUGUUGCUGCAUAGUUUUAGACAGAAAACACAUUUUGUGUUUUUUUUUGGCAUGAUCACUGGUUUGAGGUGGUUGGCAUUUUUUCUGAUUUGAUUUUAUUUGUUUGUUUGUUUGAUUUGUUUGGACCAUUAUUGGCUAAUUAGGAUUAUUUUUUGGAUUGUGAAAAAUUGUAAUCAAGAUUUGUUGGUAUCUAAUAACAGAACAGUGUUUCAAUCAAUAUUACAUUCUACUCUUCA